AUUUUCAACUUACAAAUGUUGGUUAUAUUGACAACUAAGUUCUUUAUUUUUGGUAAAAGUUUAGAUUUAAACGAAUGGAAAAACAGUUAUUAGGGAGACUGUUUUGGGAAAAUAAAGCAAUAGAGGAAACAUUCGAAAAUAAGAAAAGAAAACAUGAACAUGGCAGUGGUUUUUGCACUGUAUUUAUUCUGGAUACAUCUGAGACCAUGGCAGGAGAAGGUUUACAUCAAAUGAAGAAAGCUCUUUGGGACAUAUUAGACGAAUACAAAACCUUGUGCCUAGACGACAACGUUGCUGUUAUUGGAUUUGGUGCCGAAACUAAGUUUCUUCAUUAUUAUUCAAACAGAUAUAGCUCUAUCGAGAAAUGUCUUGAUAACAUUGACUGCAAAGGACCAUCACCUUUGGAAUCAGGAAUUAUUUUGUCCUAUUCGUGUUUAAAGCAUGGAGGAGGUCACACCUCCAACGUACACCCUCUUGUUAUCAGAGCUAGAGUGGUGGUGAUUUCUGAUGGGAACUUCACAGGCCUGUCCGACCCCAGAGAGUCAUUGGAAACAACGACAGAAAGCGAAACAUUUGACAGACUUUUAGCACUUGUCGGAAGUCAAGGGGAAUGUAACCCGUUUACCUUUAUACCAGUUGGCAGAAAUCCAAAUUAUCGCAUCCUAGGAGCGUUGGCAGCAGCAGCAAAAGGUGGACGGCUCAUUGGAUGGGAGGAAGCUCGGCAAUAUGCAAGAUUAUCGCUAAAUAUUCGUGUUGCUGGUCAUCUUCUGUCUCAAUUUUGCGGUGAGACAAUAACAGAAGAGGUGGUGAGGAAACAAUAUCCAAGUUCUGGUCAUGGAACUGGAACUUGGAAAGAUAUUAAUCAAGUAUGUGAGAUAUUAAAUGAGAAGGAGGUAUAUGAUGAAGAUGAAGACGAUGGAAACUUCAAAGAACGAUAUUCCACAAUGCCUUGUGUGGGUACAAGGGUUCGAAGAGGAAGAGAUUGGCAUUAUGGAAAUCAGGAUAGUAAUGGGGUCGGAACAGUUAUUGGUCAUACUAAUCUAGUCGGGGUGAUUUUAGUAGAAUGGGACAAUGGCAGAAGAUAUGAUUAUCGAUAUGGCCGCACAAUGAUAGAGGAAGCAUACGAUUUGGUAAUAUGUGACGAACCACGGCCUAUCCCACGAAACAAACCAAUAGCUACCGGGUGUCUUGUUCGCAGAGGGCUUGACUGGCAAUGGGGAGAUCAAAAUGGUAGUAAAGACAGCAUUGGGACUGUUUAUAGAGUGAGAGAAUUAAGAGGAGAGAUAUAUGUGCGAUGGCCUAAUGGAGUAAAAGGCAAUUACAGAUUUGGACACAAAAAUAAAUACGAUUUGUUCAUAUGCGAUCCCCAAGAUCCAGAAGUAAUGGAAACAUAUAAGUCACAAAAGGAAACAAUGUACAAAGAUAGAAAAGGGGAAAGGUCAAGCUAAUUAAAACCCUGACUGAAAUAUUUCUGAUGAUUUUUGCUGCAAAAAAAAAAUUACCCUUCAUUUUUAUGAAGCUAAGACUAAUGUUUCUACUAAAGUUGUUAUUAUAAUAGUAUAAUGAUUGACUUGAACAAGAACAAUAAUUAACAUUAGUCAACAAAUGUAGCUAUUUGAUUUCUGUUAAAUAAAGUUGAAUAAAAGCAACAAAAAACUAAACUGAAAAGUAUUUUAGAUAACACCUGUCAUUUUCAACAAGGAUUAAGGACCUGCCAUUAACACACACCUUCCUGGUUUUGAUGACAAAAAAAUCUCUCCUCUAGAAACAUUUG